ACUGCGCCUACCGUCCCAGGUGUCGGUUGCCGGAGCCCAGCGAGCGAGCGAUGCUACUGCUGCCGCUUCCUGAUUGGCUGCGUGUGGCUCCCUCUUCGUUCUGAUUGGUCGCGAGUGAUCUGGACAAUGCUGAGCAAGGGUCUGAAGCGCAAACGGGAGGAGAAGGAGGAGGAGAAGGAGGAAGGCCUCUCAGUGGAUUCGUGGUGGUUGGAUCAGAGCCACCCAGCAGUGGCACAGACCCCGCCCGCCGCAGCUUCUAGUUCUCUCUUUGACCUCUCCGUGCUCAAGCUCCAUCACAGUCUGCGGCAGAGUGAGCCAGACCUCCGGCACCUGGUGCUGGUGGUGAACACGCUGCGGCGCAUUCAGGCAUCCAUGGAACCUACAACUGCUCUGCCACCUGUGCCCAUGCCACCCACAGCACCCUCUGUGCCAGACAGCCUUCUGGCUAGCUCGGACGCAGGCCUCUCAGCCUCCAUGGCCAGCCUCCUGGAAGAUCUCAACCACAUUGAAGACCUGAACCAGGUCCCCCAGCCGCAAGCAGACGAGGGACCUCCAGGCCGCUCAGUUGGGAGCAUCUCACCCAACCUGGGUGCCUUGGACCUGCUAGGCCCAGCCACUGGCUGUCUGCUGGACGAUGGACUGGAGGGCUUAUUUGAGGACAUUGAUACUUCCAUGUAUGACAGUGAACUUUGGGUACCAGCCUCUGAGGGUCUCAAACCUGGCCCUGAGAAUGGUCCAGCCAAGGAGGAAACUCCAGAGCUGGAUGAGGCUGAAUUGGACUACCUCAUGGAUGUACUAGUAGGCACACAAGCACUGGAAAGGCCACCGGGGCCUGGGCGUUGACAACUAACUAGACCCAGGGAUGGUUGUCUGGCAUCUGAGUUGAGCCUGACCAAUCCACCUUGGCAUGACACAGGUGGCUUUCCUCUUUACACAGAAGGCCGGGCCACUUUGGAGAGACAGAACUGAGUCCUGGGCAGCUUCACGUCCAUCCACCUGUCUUGGCUAAUGAGGGAGUUGGAAAUAAGCCCCCAGUGGUAGAAUGACAGGUCCUGGUGACCGCAAUAAGUUUGGGCCAGGCCCAGGCCAGGGGGGUUGAACUGAUCCCCCUGGGAUAGUAGUCAGGGCUGUCCCAUCCCAUUAUCCCCAGUGUGGGAAGAGACCUCAUAAUUUUUUGAAAUUAAAACCAGCUUUGGGAAAUAUCAA